AUGGUGUCGCUGUUUGAGCUGAUGCUGGCGAAUUGGCCGCCCAUCUGCCGGCUCAUGAUGGACACGAUGCACGAGCCUUGGUCGGUGUUCGCCUUGUGCUACAAACUUGUCAUGGGUUUCGCUGUGAUCGGCGUGAUCUUCGGCGUCUUCACCCAGGAGACGUUCCGCGCCGCCGAGACCGACGACCAACUCCUGAUCAAGAGGAAGGCAAACCAGGUCAAGAUGCAGACGAUGAAGAUGCAGCACCUCUUCCAGAUGAUGGCAACCGAAAGCAAUGAAGAUGUCGGUGCAGCCAUCGACCUGCAGCACUUCAAGAGAGUCCUCAGCCAUCCAGAGUUCCAGUUGUGGCUAAAAGCAAUGGAUUACGACAUAUCAGAUGCGGGUCUGCUCUUCCACCUGAUCGACGCAGACGGGGAUGGGAGUCUCUCGGUUGACGAGCUCAUUCAAGGCAUGGCGAUGCUGAAAGGCACUGCCCGCAACAUCGAUGUCAAACUUCUGAUUCGGCAGAGCCUCGUCGGCAGGAUGCAGAGCGCGACGCCGACGGAUAGGUUGGGCAAGCGGAUUUCGGCCAGCGAGUUCCUCAAAAGAAUUGAGUCAGAUAGUAGCAUCAUGGGAACUCCUGAGGCAGCGGACGCUCCCCCCAUCGCGACCGCGAUUGUAAGAUAG